AUGCAGUUUGACAUAAAGAUAAGGACAGAUUUCAAGAAGUGCAAGGCACGACAGCGUGGACUUCCGUUCGAAAAAUCAAGUGAGAUUGGAGCUUCUGUUGGGUCAGCUGGUCAUCUGUUUGAGGCAGCCGCAAAUGCAAAUGGUUGGUCAUCGGCCGAAAGGGCAACUGCACUCACUUUGGCCCUGCGAGGAGAUGCUGCAGCUAUUCUUCAAAGAAUAGCACCUGAAGAGCAAGAGGUCUACGAACAGCUAGUAGGACAUUUGGAGAUGCGAUAUGGCCAGUCACAUUUAGAACAUGUCUACCAUACUCAACUAAAGAAUCGGUUCCAGAACUCAGGCGAGUCUUUGCAGGAGUUCGAAGCGGAUAUUGCGCGGAAGUUUGGAAGAGUGCACCAGCUGCGACAAUCUAACCCGGAAGUCGGAGAAGUACUCCAGAUAACUGGAGAGGGUACCAACCGAAAGAUGUUCUAUCUAGUUACCGAGAAAGCUUCGUAUCAGAAACCGAAUUACGAAGAUGUUUGGAACGCUUUGUGUUCACUUAGAGAAGUGUUGCUUGCCGAGGGCCUCAGAAAACUGGCAAUACCUAAGCUGGCAUGUGGACUGGACAAUUUGCACUGCAGAAUCAUCCGAAGCAUGCUUGAGGUAGUCUUCCGUGGCAUAGGAGGUACAGCAUCCUCUGGUGAUAUAUUCACUUGCCAUGCUAGUGUACCUAAAAUUGUGAAUUUCAGGUUCACGGAGUGGAAUGAAAAUUUGCACAUUCGCAUCAGUCUCCUUUGUGGUCAUCACGAUCACUCUGCAGUUCUCCUGCCAGACCAUUCUCCAGAAAUCACCGACGGUAGAUGGCAGACAUCCUUGGGUGGCGAUGUAGCAUUUUCCGGAAUCACCAUCACUCCCACUCCCUCCGCCACCCCCACCACAUUCGUCCGGUCGCCAUUUCACGUAGUUGGCGUUGAUAUAGUCCGAGCCGGGAACUGA